GCAGAUGGGGCAGCAGUGAACCUUUGGCAUAAGGGGGGUGUAAUAGCUCUCCUCCAAGCAGAGGCGGGUAACUUUAUUGUGCCCUUUGACUGCUUGCCACAUAGACUGGAUCUGGCAAUGCUGUCAGUGCAGAGAAAAACCCCCAUGGUGGAUCAAGUCUACAGUCUGCUGAACAUGGUAUGGAAGACAUACCAUUUUAGCAGCAAAUCCAUGAGAGAGCUGAGGGCUUUGGGAGUGGAGCUGGGUGUCAGAGUCAACGUCCCAAGUGGUGUCAGUGGGACACGCUGGCUCCCACAUGUGUCCCGUGCCCUGCAAACACUAUUGAAACCUGGAGGUGGAGGAAGGGACCACCAACUGCAGAACCCAGGACAGUUCACAGCAGUCUAUUAUCAUAUGGAUCAUUUGAGUGCAUCAUCAGCCAAUGCAGAUGUUGCAGGAAGAGCAAGGAAGAUCAAGAAGAUGGUGGAAGAUGGAACCUUUGUAGCUUUCUGCCACUUCCUUGCAGACCUGUUUGAUGCAAUCAGCAAAUUCAGUCUUCUGCUUCAGAGGAAUGAUGUGAUCUUGCCUCAGGCUGUCAACGGCCUUGAAAAUCUCCUUGCAACUGUUGAAGCCAUGGAAGUCAGAGCCAAGCCAGGUGGUAAGCUAGCAGAACUAAAGGCAGACCUUCAGGGCCAGAAAAGAAGACAGGAGAUGGAUGAUGGUGAGACUCACCCUGUCUACAAAUAUCAGGGGGUCACCAUUAAAGGAGAAGCUGCUGGGCUAGCAGAGGACUCCACAGCAAGCACACAUACGUAAGCUGCAGCAAGCAAUGAGGGCAACAGUUGAGUGUUCUGUGCAGCACUUGAGACAGAGAGAU